AAGACUGCAGGCGCGUCACACGUCCGGGACUCAGGAUGUGGUAUUUUGCUCGCGCGCCUUGUGUGAACGCUGCAAAGAACAUCAAGCUUCUAGGACUUUGGAACAGGCCUGCUGCCUUCAUGUCCACUCUGCUGAUCAAUCAGCCCCAGUAUACUUGGCUGAAGGAGCUGGGGCUCCGCGAGGAAAACGAGGGCGUGUAUAAUGGAAGCUGGGGCGGCCAGGGAGAGGUUAUUACAACCUAUUGUCCUGCUAACAAUGAACCAAUAGCAAGAGUCCGGCAGGCCAGUGUGGCAGACUAUGAAGAAACUAUAAAGAAAGCAAGAGAAGCUUGGAAAGUCUGGGCAGAUAUCCCUGCUCCAAAGAGAGGAGAAAUAGUAAGGCAGAUUGGCGAUGCCUUGAGGGAGAAGAUCCAAGUACUGGGGAACCUGGUGUCUUUGGAGAUGGGGAAAAUCCUGGUGGAAGGUGUGGGAGAAGUUCAAGAGUACGUGGAUAUUUGUGAUUAUGCUGUUGGCUUGUCACGUAUGAUUGGGGGACCCAUCUUGCCUUCUGAAAGACCUGGCCAUGCACUCAUUGAACAGUGGAAUCCUGUAGGUCUGGUUGGAAUCAUCACUGCAUUCAAUUUUCCUGUGGCAGUGUAUGGCUGGAAUAAUGCCAUUGCAAUGAUCACUGGGAAUGUCUGUCUUUGGAAAGGGGCUCCAACAACUUCCCUCGUUAGUGUUGCUGUCACAAAGAUAAUAGCCAAGGUUCUAGAGGACAACAAGCUGCCUGGUGCAAUUUGUUCCUUGACUUGUGGUGGAGCAGACAUCGGCACAGCAAUGGCCAAAGAUGAGCGGGUGAACUUGCUGUCCUUCACUGGAAGUACUCAGGUGGGAAAACAGGUGGCGCUUAUGGUACAGGAGAGAUUUGGGAGAAGUUUGUUAGAACUUGGAGGAAACAAUGCCAUUAUUGCUUUUGAGGAUGCAGACCUCAGCUUAGUUGUUCCAUCAGCUCUCUUUGCUGCCGUGGGGACAGCUGGCCAGAGGUGUACCACUGCAAGACGACUGUUUUUACAUGAAAACAUCCAUGAUGAUGUUGUAAAUAGACUUAAAAAGGCCUACGCACAGAUCCGAGUCGGGAACCCAUGGGACCCUAAUGUCCUAUAUGGGCCACUCCACACCAAACAGUCAGUGAGCAUGUUUCUUGGAGCGGUGGAAGAAGCAAAGAAAGAAGGCGGCACAGUGGUCUAUGGGGGCAAGGUUAUGGAUCGCCCUGGAAAUUAUGUGGAACCCACAAUCGUGACAGGUCUUGCCCAUGAUGCCUCCAUUGCACACACAGAGACUUUUGCUCCCAUUCUCUAUGUCUUUAAAUUCAAGACUGAAGAAGAGGUCUUUGCAUGGAACAAUGAAGUGAAACAGGGACUUUCAAGUAGCAUUUUUACUAAAGAUUUGGGCAGAAUCUUCCGUUGGCUUGGACCUAAAGGUUCAGACUGUGGCAUUGUAAAUGUCAAUAUUCCAACCAGUGGGGCAGAGAUCGGAGGUGCAUUUGGAGGAGAAAAGCACACUGGUGGUGGCAGGGAGUCUGGCAGUGAUGCCUGGAAACAGUACAUGAGACGAUCUACUUGUACCAUCAACUACAGUAAAGACCUUCCACUGGCUCAAGGAAUCAAGUUUCAGUAAAGGUGCUCUCAAUUGGCCUUAUUUUAGUAAGGUCUUUUAGGCAUUCCUGUAGCUACUCUAAAGAAGACCAAGAAAAUUAAGAUUUACUCUGAAUAAAUGCAUCAUCCUGAAUAUGACAUUGGCUAAUAUCCUAUGACUCCCCACUCCAAGCCCUGACUAAAUCAAGAGAUUCAUUUUUUAUAACUUAAAAUAUUUACAACAUAACCAUAUUUAGUAAAAAAAUAGGUUGGAUGGAUUUUUUUUUGUUGUUGUUACUAGUUGUACAUGAUCAUUUUAUAAUUAGAGAAAGCACACACCUUGGUAGUAAUCUGGGAACAUAUGGGAUAAAAUAGAGAACAAAAUAGAAGACUUUAUAGUAAAUGCAGGAUGUCUCCUAGGUAAAAAAGGAAUUCCUAUGUGGAGCAAACCCUCCUCUGGCAUGUUUUGGAAAAGGUGUGAUUGAAAGGGAAUGUGUCCUUACUUAUAUGCUGAGGACCCUAGCACAGUGUUCUUGGGGGAUGACUUGCUAUGUUUAAAAUGACAGACGGUAUUUAUCGCUAGUCAUGGCUCUUGCUAUAUUUAUGUCAACUUGGGAUAGAUCUGCAGGGGGGAUGUAAAUUAUGCUAAGGGCUCUGAGGCCAAAGAUCCCUGCGAGAAUGCUAUUGAAACCAUGUCUGGAUGCCUCAUGCUACCUUAGGCUGUUUUCUUUAGCUGUUAGAAGCCAUCAAAUACAAAACUAAGGGGCUGGAGUUGUGGCUCAGUGAUAGAGCGCUUGCCUGGCAUGUGUGAAGCACUGGGUUCAAUAUCAGCACCACACAUAAAUAAGUAAGUAAAAUAAUGGUAUAUUGAUAACUUAAAAAAUUAUAUAUAUAACAAAACAAAAAAGGGCUUGGUAUAGAUCUAUUUAUCCUUAAAAAAUACACACACACACACACACAAAACAACUAUAAAUAUACCAGGGAUGGAAAGAUAUUCAUGAUGUGUUCCAUGCUCAGCUGAGAAUAAUAUUUACCUAGCUAUACUGUUGUCACCAUUGAAAUAUGGAUCAAGCCAAGUACAGAUGAUAAACCUAGAGAAAGGAUGUUGGCAGGAAGAAAUCAGAUGAGGGUAGAUGGAAAGCAGUUCUUCAUUUUCUGUAAUAAGAAAUCAACACUUCCUAAAAUAACUAAAGCAAUCAGUAGCAACAUGGGCUUGCUUAUUAAGAGAAGAAGGUAAGUUCUGAAAGAUCCAUUGCUAGGAGCUUGGAGCAUGAGACAUAAGAGUUUCAGAACUGUUUGAUUAUUUAAAUCAAUCAAGAGAAUGUUUAACUGAUAAUAAUUAACAUUAAUUCAUAAUGUUGCAGUCCUACCUGGAAUCCUGCGUUUCUAGAUCCUUCUUCCCCCUGCCUCUCCCCAUUUUUUUCUCCCCAUUAUUGAACUGAAGACUGCUUUUAAAUAUCUCAUGAAAUGGUCCUACUGAAAGUCAAAUUUCCCUCCAUAUUUUCAGAUUCAAAAUAGACUUGAAUCCUAUACUGAGAGAGAGAUGCUUCUAAGAGUAAGCACUAGUUUAAGAAAAUCAUGCAAUUUGGUCAUUAACUAUAAAUAUCUUGCUAUGGUUUUUAUUUUUUGUGAUAUGUUUAAGUAUUCUAGUCCUUUUUCAUUUAUGUCUGAAGAAAGUUAAGCAUUCUUUAAAACACUUUUAGGCUGGAGUUGUGGCUCAGUGGUAGAACACUUGCCUCUCAAGUGUGAGGCAUUGGGUUCGAUCUUAGCACCACAUAAAAACAAAUAAAGGCAUUGAAUCCAUAUACAAUGAAAAAUAAAUAAAAAACUUUUAAUGAUCACAUCACAAUAGGCCGUUUUCAUUUUGUGAAAUUAUGCAGAUUUAUUUUUGAUUGAUGUCUUCAUAUCCUGUCUUUAUAUACUUUAUAUCCUGUCUUUAUAUCCUGUUUUCCCAGCAUCAUAUUUUAAAACAAGUGUUCCAGAAUAAAAGCUGUAUCAGUGUUCA